UUAAAUAUAUAGUAGUACGGAUCUAUACAUACAUAAUCAUAAAUAUCGCACGCAGCACCGUUAACAUACGUGCAUAUGAGGUGCUAUUUGACAUUUAGACCGUUUUUUUACGUUAAAAUGUCUAGUUCAACUAAAGCUGCGUGCUAUAAAACCCAUUUUUGACAAUUCGUUACUGAUGGAAUUGCCAAAGUAUGACAGCACCAGAAGGAAUUUCGCACGAUUGCAAAAAAUUGAUUAGGAACUGUAUAGAAUAAUUAACUCUGAUUAUAUAUUUAUUCCAAAAGAAUGAAAACAGAUGACAAUUAAAGUAAAGCGAUAAUUGUUGUAUUUGUUAGCAGUGAAAGCCUCGGAAGUAAUUGGUAUAAUCAAUUAAAGUUGCAGUAAUUACUGUCUGGUGUAAGAACAGGAAGGGUGGGCAGUGUAGUGUGUUUUAGGGUCAACAAUAAACCUUGACUUAGAAGACUCACAAAUAUGACCGGCAGAAUGCGGAAUACAACCAAAGUGGAGGCACUUAUCGAGAGUUGUCGAAGUGAGGGUAAAUGGCAACGAGUAAUUGAGCUGACCGAGGAAUUAAAAACAGGGUCACCAAAUAAUGAAUGCCUGGCGAAUUUUCUUAUUGGCGAGGCACGUUUGGAGAACUACCUCGAAGAUAAUGCACCCAUCGAAAGCAAUUUCAGCAAAGCCAAAACUGGUCUGCAUGAUGCAAGACGUAGUCUAAAUCUUGUCACGGGUGAAAAUGGACAAAAAGCAGGGAUUGCACUAGAUGCUUUUCUACUAUUAGCCAAAUUAAGUUUCGCUUGUGGAGAAUACGAAAAAAGUUUAGAGAAUUUUGUUAAGGCUGAGCUAAAUACACUGGCAGAAAAAGAACUGACAUUACGCAGCCUAAAAAUAUUAGCAGAAUCUUAUGCUAUUAAGGGUCUCUGCUUAGAAAAUCAAACAAAUCAGCCAUCAUCAAAGUUUAAAAAAGCUGAAAAAGAAACUGAAAUGAUAUCAUGUUUUGAACGUGCCACCGACUUAGGACUAUUAUAUUUACAAGAACAGGAUAUUGCUACAUAUUCAACGCCAAAUAGUACUGCUGGCACAACGCUUGCAGUCAAUUCCACCGUACAACCAUCUGCCAGCAGUUUAGCGAUUAGUUCUACAAUACCCGCCAAUCCAUUAGAAAUAAAUCGACGUAUGGGUACCAUACUGGAAACAGCACUACAACGUGCUCCUAUCGUACUCAUUAAAGCGGGUAAACUGCAAGAUGCCAUUGAAAGAUAUCGUACUAUGUUGAAUGCCAUAGAAACUAAAACCACGCAAUCACUUAGACUGACUCUGGCACGUCAAUUAGCUGAGGUGCUGCUACGUGGUGUCUCAGGCACUAUUUAUACACCACCAUUUAUUAAAAAACCAGCGGGACAAGCUAUGCGUACAACAACAACAAAACGUUUAUGGAAACCAAGAAAAUAUGCAGCACGUAAUCAAUUCACACCACGUAAUCAACAUGAGGAAACAAUAUUAUUAUUAUUAAUUGCUGAAGCUUUAGCUGUACGCGAUACCGUGCUCUCACAAAGUCCAGAAUUUCGUGUAGCACGUCAGCAUGCCAUGGGCAAUGCUACAGCUGUUUAUGAUUUGUUAACAUUAGCCACAGUACGUUGGGGACUAGUCAAUCUUUUGACAGAAUCAUUUGAGAAAGCACUAAAGUUUUCAUUUGGUGAACAGCAUGUGUGGCGUCAAUAUGGUAUUUGCCUAAUGGCAGCUGGUAAACAUAUGCAAGCGCUAAGAGUACUACAAGAGUCAAUGAAAAUUACACCAGGUGAUCCUUUACCCUGCUUGAUGGCAGCACGUAUCUGCUAUGAGUCAUUAGGUUUAACUAAGGAAGGUUUAGAUUUUGCGCAACAAGCGCUCAAAAGAGAAUUAAAAGGUUUACGUCCUUCCCGCAGUCAACUUUAUGUUGGUAUUGGUUACCAACAGCUGGCUAUACAAUCAUUACUUAAAGCCGAACGUGAUGCGUACAAUAAACAAGCUUUGGAUGCACUGGAAAAAGCUGUGCAAAAUGAUGGCAAUGAUCAUCUUUGCGAGUAUUAUUUAGCCUUACAAUACGCUUUAGUUAAUAAUAUAACUGAGGCAUUAACACAUAUACGCUUCGCUUUAGCUUUGCGUACCGAACAUGCACCCAGUUUGCAUUUAUUUGCCCUUCUACUCACUGCUUCACGGCGCCCGCGUGAGGCUUUAAAUGUUGUAGAAGAUGCGCUUGAAGAAUUUCCAGAUAAUUUGAAUUUAUUACAUGUUAAAGCCCACCUGCAAUUGCAUUUACAAGACGCUGAAAUUGCUCUGAUCAGUGUACAUCGUAUGUUGGCCAUUUGGCGUGAUCUGUAUGAAGGACAAAUAAAUGUUGAAGAAGAAAAGCAUUCGGAUACGAAAAGUAUUGUGUUGCACAUGCAAACAUCACAAAUGUCUGAUAAGGAUUCAAGUUCCGUUUAUGCUGCUUCCUUGGCUGCAGUGUCACGUGUUGAACAAGCCUUAAGUGAAGCUGCUAGUUCGCUCAGUUCAUUUACGCCACGACCUGGACCACAGCGACCUUGGAUGAUACAAAUUAAGAUUUGGCUACUACUCGCCGAUGUUUACCUUAAUAUUGAUCAGCCAAAUGAAGCACUGCAUUGCAUACAAGAAGCGUCACAAAUCUAUCCACUUUCACACCAAAUCAUGUUUAUGCGAGGAUUAAUUUGUGUUUACUUGGAGCAAUGGAAUGAUGCUAAACAAUGUUUCUUUAAUGCUGUAGCUGCCAAUCCAAAUCAUACUGAAGCUUUACGUUCUUUAGGUGAAACACAUCAUGUAUUGGGUGAACCACGUUUAGCAGAAAAAUUUCUUAAAGAUGCUGCUAAAUUAGAUCCCAACUGUCCGAGAAUUUGGUUCAGUUUAGGUAAAGUUAUGGAGACAUUGGGUGAUUACGCUGCCUCAGCAGAUUGUAUGGCUACAGCUUUACAACUUGAACCAACUUGUCCAGCUCUUCCGUUAACCUCAAUAGCACUGACCUUUGAUUGAGGAAAAUCAACUAAAUUAUACGUUCAUAUAUGGCAUGUAUUUUAAGUAUUUUUAUGGGAUUAAGUUAAUUUUUAUUUACUGCAGGGAAAAAUUAUUCAGUUUAAGAUAGAAAUUAUUUGUGCGUACGGCUAGUAAAAUUAGUACAUAUUUUAUAUAAAUUAUAACUUAAAGCAUUUAGUUUGUUCUUGUUAAUAUUUAAACAUAUUGUUGUAGUAAUUCUCUAGGGAAUUCUAAAAAACCUUGUUAAAUGUAGCAAACAAAAACACAAAUAGCGAUAUAAUCAGCAACACAUGUUUAAAGUUAGCAGUUGUUAGUUGUUCAUGUUACUUCAUAUGUUGCAAUAUUAGCUAAAGAUAGUACAGUUAUAAGUCAUGCAUAUAGUAUGAAUUUAGUUAUUUUAAACAUAAUAUAUGUAACAAAGUUUAAUGCUAAUAUUAGCUUUAUAAUUCCCUAUAGUUAUUUUAAAUAUAUGAUAAUAUUCUGUAAUUUCCUCCCAUUUAGGUUAGUAUUAACAUUUUGCUCAGUUUAACUGGCUAGAACUUCUGUUCAUAUAACUGGCAUAUAUGAAAUAAUACAAUUUAGAUAUCUUCUGAAGACAUCUAUAAGUAAUAUAAAAGCAAUAUUAUAUGUUUAGCAUUGUAUUUAAUUAAACAUAAUAAACUCAUGAUUCCUAUCUAUUUUUAUUAUAUUAUCUCUUAAAUGCAAUAGACUCUCGUAAACCCCGGUCCUUUAUAACUGGUUUUGACAUGAUCCAAUAGAAACUUAUAACUUGGAAUCGUGUUUGAACUUGCAUAAAUUUAUUUAAUAAUGUAUGUCUUGUAUACAUAUGCUAUAUAUAUAUAUACCCGUGUUGUAUUGAAGUUUACAGUAUUUCGUUAUUUUAUUUUUUAAUAUAUUAUAAAUAUUGGGUUAAGUAAGAGUUUUAGAAAAUCGUAUCGAUAUUAUUUUAUAUGAAUUAUGCCUUCGUUUGCGAAUAUUCCUUGAUGUAGAAAUAUUGAUUCUAUGUGAAUAUUCUAUUAUAUUGAAAUAUUCCUUUG